AAUGGAACUCAAAGAGAUAAUAAUAAAAGAUAUUAUUUUGAUUAGCCAUCUUCAUGAUUCAUUGAUUUGAUCCUCUGUUUUAUUAAACCAAAUCUCAACACUCGUCACUCUCAAACAAUCCAGGAUUCCUACACAAUCAUCUUUCUCUGAUCCUUUCUUUCUCUCUGUUUCUUCCUCCGAGAUAUGGCCGUAAUCAACAGCCUCCGUCGCUUGGCUCGUACCACUCAGGUUAAUUUGCAGAGCAGGUAUGCUGUUUCUUCCAAAUACAUGUCUGGGAACUGCAGCUCAAGGAUCUUCACUACAGAGGCAUCACCAGAGAAGCAAAACCCAGCUGGGUCUAAAGGGCAUGAUAUGCUUGCACCUUUUACAGCUGGAUGGCAGAGUGCUGAUUUAGAUCCUUUGAUCAUAGCAAAAUCUGAGGGAAGCUAUGUGUAUGAUGACCAUGGGAGAAAGUAUCUUGAUUCUCUAGCUGGUCUAUGGUGUACAGCUUUAGGAGGAAAUGAGCCACGGCUUGUUUCUGCUGCUAUGGAGCAGUUGAAAACUUUGCCGUUUUAUCACUCCUUUUGGAACCGUACUACUAAACCUUCUCUGGAUCUUGCUACGGAUCUUUUGGAAAUGUUCACGGCUAACAAAAUGGCCAAAGCAUUUUUUACAAACAGUGGAUCAGAGGCCAACGAUACACAGGUUAAGCUGGUUUGGUAUUACAAUAACGCACUUGGAAGGCCCGAGAAGAAAAAAUUUAUCGCCAGAAACAAAUCGUACCAUGGCUCCACUCUAAUAUCAGCAAGUUUGUCCGGUCUUCCAGCACUGCACCAAAACUUUGAUUUACCUGCACCAUUUGUGCUGCAUACAGAUUGCCCUCAUUAUUGGCGUUUUCAUCUUCCAGGCGAAACGGAAGAGGAGUUCUCAACCAGAUUAGCCAAGAAUUUAGAGGAUCUUAUCAUCAAAGAGGGACCAGAAACUAUUGGUGCUUUUAUCGCUGAGCCAGUCAUGGGUGCGGGAGGUGUGAUACCUCCACCUGCUACCUACUUUGAAAAGGUUCAAGCUGUAGUUAAGAAGUAUGAUAUCCUGUUCAUUGCUGAUGAGGUAUGUUCGGAGAGGAACAUACCAGAGCAUGUCGCCAAAGUUGCCCCAAGGUUCCAAGAUGGUCUUAAAGCUUUCUCAAAGAGUAGUCCUAUAAUUGGAGAGAUAAGAGGAACGGGUUUGAUUCUAGGGACCGAGUUUGCAGACAACAAAUCGCCAAACGAACCAUUUCCUCCAGAAUGGGGUGUUGGUGCAUACUUUGGAGCCGAGUGCCAGAAGCGUGGGAUGUUAGUUCGUGUUGCAGGUGAUAGCAUAAUGAUGUCUCCACCGCUCAUUAUCUCAUCUGAAGAGAUCGAUGAGGCAAAUCGCUAAUCUUGAGACAUUAGAUGGCUUUUUUUUCCCGCUAAAUCUUGUGACCAGUUCCCUGAAACUCUCUUCUUCGCCUUCCUCUGUUUUUUUUGUAUCUUUUUGUUCAGUUGAUUGAGAUCUACGGGAAAGCGUUGAAGGCAACAGAAGAGAGGGUAAAAGAACUCAAGACUCAGCAUAAGAAGUGAGAAACAGAGUUCUGAAAAUGUCAAACGAGAAAGUGGUUUAGAUUCUCCCAUCUCUCUCCUUGAAUUGUUUGCCAUUUGCUUUGCACAAUUCACAAUUUUAGCUACAUGCAUAAUAAUAAAGCUUUCAACUUCAUUUCACUUUUUUCUCACGAUGUUAACAAAAUCAUCUUACGAAACCAAAGAUGCACAGACACAAGUCUUAGUUAUACAGUACAAUAUUCUACUUGAUGG